ACUGAGGCACAGAAAGAAAGAGCUCGGAAAUUAAAAGAGUGGUCACUAUAGCGCACGUUAACCAAAGUUAACCCUCUAUGGCGCACAUUAGCAUAUACCAAUGUCUUCACCACCUCCUCUUCUCUCUUCUUUCUCGUUACACCCAUCACCUUUCUCCUUAUCCCCCCUUUUCUCCUUUAGGGUUAGGGUUUUCUCUUCUCUUAUUCUUCUUUACUAUUAGUAUCACAAUUACAAAUUCCUCUCUUCAAAUUUUCCUUUUUCUGCUAUUUUUAUUUAUUGUACCAAAUGCUUGUCCCCGCUGUUGUUUUUUCAGCUCAAACAACAUAAUUCAUGGACCCAAAGAGGCGAUAUUCCUACUCGAAUCUCUUCAAUCUUGAGUCAUUGAUUAACUUCCAGCUGCCCCAACUGGAUGAUGAUUUUGAUCAUCAUGGGAAUAGUAGUCAGGAUGAGAGCAGAGGUAGCCCAGGUGGAGCACCCAGGAACCGGAGUAAUGGUAUAAUGUCUGGUAGGGAGUUGAAGAAAAAGAGGCGGACUUCAUAUAGUAGUGAUGAAGACGGGGAUGGGGACAGAGGUUAUAAUACCCAUAUUUCAGAGGAAAGGUAUAGAGCAAUGCUGGGAGAACACGUUCAAAAGUAUAAGAGGAGGCUUGGUAAUUCCUCAGCAAGCCCUGCAGCUACUCGUAAUGGGGUGCCUGCGAUGAGAAGUGGAGGAUCAAGAGACCAGAAAUCAACAAAUGAUCAUAGAGGAGCACUCAGGCUUGACUCUGCAUCAGAAUUUUUUAACAAUAGCACUCAGAAGUUAGGGAACCAUAUUCAGUCUGAUUUUUCAGGACCAUAUGGUGGUGAUAGAUCUAUUUAUGAACCGGCUUUCUUGGAUCUCGGGGAGGACAUCACAUACAGGAUCCCUCCACCCUAUGAAAAGCUGGCAACAUUAUUGAAUUUGCCAACCAUGUCAGACAUUCAAGUUAAUGAAAUUUACCUCAAGGGUACACUUGAUUUGGAGACUUUGGCUGCAAUGAUGGCUUCUGAUAAGAGACUUGGGCCCAAACGUCAUGCAGGUAUGAGUGAUCCCAAAACCCAAUUUGAAUCUCUUCAGGCACGAUUGCGAGCCGAGCCAGCUAAUAGUGCCGGUCAGAAAUUCAGUCUGCAAGUCAGCGAAGCUGCAUUAGAGGCUUCUUCCAUCCCUGAGGGGGCUGCAGGAGGUAUACGGCGUUCUAUAUUGUCAGAGGGUGGUGUCUUACAGGUUUAUUAUGUGAAAGUGUUAGAGAAAGGAGACACCUAUGAGAUUAUUGAACGUAGUCUACCCAAAAAGCCAAAACUGAAGAAGGAUCCCUCUGUGAUUGAGAAGGAAGAAAUGGAUAAGAUUGGAAAAUAUUGGAUAAACCUUGUCAGGAAAGAAAUCCCAAAACAUCAUAAGAUAUUCAUCAAUUUCCACAGGAAGCAAUUGACUGAUGCCAAGAGGUUUUCAGAAACUUGUCAGAGAGAGGUAAAAAUGAAAGUUAGCAGAUCACUUAAGGUGAUGAGAGGUGCUGCAAUUCGUACAAGGAAACUUGCUAGGGACAUGCUUGUGUUUUGGAAGAGAGUUGACAAGGAGAUGGCAGAAGUAAGGAAAAGGGAGGAAAAAGAAGCUGCAGAAGCUUUGAAGCGUGAACAGGAGCUUCGUGAAGCAAAGAGACAACAACAGAGGCUCAACUUUCUGCUAUCUCAAACUGAACUUUACAGCCAUUUCAUGCAAAAUAAAUCAACUUUAUCCUCUGAGGCUGUGACUUUAGGUGAUGAAAUGACAAAUGACCAAGAAAUGUUGUUAAGUUCCAGUGAAGCUAGACCUGGAGAGGAAGAGGAUCCUGAAGAGGCUGAGCUGAGAAAAGAGGCCUUGAAAGCUGCACAGGAUGCAGUUUCAAAGCAGAAAAUGAUGACAAGUGCAUUUGAUAGCGAAUGUCUGAAGCUGCGGCAAGCUGCUGAAAUUGAACCCUCCCAGCAAGAUGCCGCAGCCGCUAACAUAGACUUAUUGCAUCCGUGAAGAAAGGUUAGUAGCAUUAGAAUAAGGAAAAUCCUCAACUCUCUUUUUGUUUUCCCUCUUUCUUUUCUCUCAUUUUCUUUUCAAACUCUUCACUCUUUUCUUGUGACGACUCACUCACUUCACUCCACACUUCCUCUCCUUUUUCCACUCUAGAGUUUGUCACUUUUCUUUCCCUCACUUCUCUCUUUCUUUUGUCUCUCGUCCUUAUGUUUUCUCUUUGCAUUUUUCAAGGAUGUUCUCAUACUUAUUUGGCCUCUUCCCCUUUGGUUCACUUCAUCCCCCCUAUAUUCGACAUUGAAAACUUGUUGGAAGUUGUCCAACUCAUUCAAGGUGGUCUCAUCAUCAUGUUGAAAAAGUGGGUUGUUAAUCAUUCGAGGCUCUUGAGGUGGUAUGGGUGGUGGAGGAGCGAGAUUGUCACUCCUCAGUGGUGCUUGAGGCAUACGUUGGGGAGGUAGAUUCAUUGGUGGUCUAGGUUGGGUCAUUUGGGGUGGUGAUAUUAUGGGUAUGUGUGCUUGAGGUCUAAAUGAUGGUUUGUGUUGGUAGUUGGUAGGUGCGGUAGUUUGGUGGAGGAAAAUAAGGUCCCUUUGGUGAAUGUGGUCGCUUUGGUAAGUUUUGUGGUAUUUGGUUGGGUUGGUUGUGUUGCAACUUUUCCCAUUGAACCACUUGUCGCACUUGUGAAGGAGAGGGCGUAGUAGAGGAAUUAGUAAGCGUCAUACUACGCUCCUUUCCUUGUUACCUCAAGUGAGAUUCCUCUAUCAUGGAAUUCAACCUUGCAUCCGUUUGGUGUUGUCAUAUGGUAAUCUUGAUAACCUUCUCACUUAAGUUGGUAACCUUCUCGCUUAUGUCAUAAAGCAUAGAAACAACUUCAUGCAUCGGAGUCUCACUCCUUGGAUCACAAGUAGGACUAGAAGUUUGUCCGUACUCCAUGAUACCUACAAAACGAGCAAACAACUUAGUAGUAAAAGUUCUCACCAACUCACUUGAUGUCGCUCAACCCUCGUGUAUCACACUUUGCACCAAUUGGCUCUUGCAUGCUCAAAAUCCUAUUCACUCGUGCCUUUUUCCGCUCAAGUAGCGAAUGUCAAAAUUGCUAGCAAACUUAAGUUCCGAGGUUUCACAAGAAGUUCCAACCAUCUUCGGGGUGGAGUGGAAGUUGUGUUUUCACAAGGACGGACAAUUAAAAGCAAACGGACUUGAGCCAAACAAUUCACAACGAUAAUAAAAGAUAAAAGCACGAAACAAUUGGCACGAAACAAAAUUAAGCACACAAAGAACUAGGUUAAAACUUGAUGUGAACUAAUAUCAAGUUUACACUAGUUUAGAAUUAUCAAACAACAAGGAAAAGAUUAACAGUUGGAGUUGGACAGAAACUGGACAAAACUAAGUUGCUGAACUUCUGGACUUGUUGCAAUCUUAUGGAAUUGAUACUCUGCUCAGCCUUUCACCUUAACCAACUGAUGCAACUGAUAUGCAGAUGCUCACACAACAGAUACAAAACCUUUCAGUCCAUAGCAGAAACAAAGUCAGCAAUUUUGGAACCAAACAGAGUAGAAAGAGGGCAGGUUUACUGCUCAAAAUACUGCAGAUUUUCAACUCAAUUUACUGUUCAAUUGAGGACCCUUCUCAGCAGAUACUAGCAGCUAACUUUGGCUCCCAAACACAGCUCCAUAGUGCAGGAACAGUGCUGAAACUUGAUCAGGUCUGCAGCUUCUUUCAAGUUCAAUCAGUGUAGAAAACACCUGUACUAAGACUGUAUUCGAUUCCUAGAACCUUUCUGAACACUUAGCUUCAACAACAGAACUCAAACAGAACCUUAAUCAAUCAGCUAACAACCAACUUGUUCCGCAAAUUCUCAAGCAAGUUGCAGGUUUCACAAUUUCAAAUUGAUUCAGCAACAAUGUUCAAGAACCAUCACUAACUAUCAGCAGCUAACUGAUACAAAACUACGCAACUGAAGCAACAAAGUUUCCCAACAAAAUGCAGAUUUUCAGCAGCUCAAUAGAGGAGAAGCAGAGUAGAAUUUGUGGCUCAGUUGUGCAGAACACUUGAACCAAACAACAGCUAAUUUAGAGAGCUCAACCAAACUAUCCCUAACUAGUCCCUGAAUGUUAGCAGUUGUCAGGGGCAGAAAAUUGUGACUCAAACAGUGCAGUGGAAUGGGAAACUCAAGAACAAAAUUCAAUUCAACAGCUAUGAGGAUACUCCACAAAAUAAUUCAUUAGCAACUUCGAGUCGACUUAUGAAUUCAAACUCAAUCAAUCCCAACAAUGAGUCCCAAGUAUUUCAGUCUAAUACCAAUUCCAGAAUUCAACCAACAGCAAUGAAUUAGAACUCCAACAACAAGAGAAACUAUCAAGUCGAACUCACAAAAUCAGUUCAACAAUCUCCAAGAAAUUUUACAGCAAAUAGUUUCAACCAAUGGCAGCCUCAAGUCGAACUACGAAUUCAGUUCAAUACUCAAAAAAAAA